CGGCCGCUUGAGAAGAUAAAUGCCGAGUCCUCGCAGCUUUUCCCGAAGGUGGCCUGGCCCUUUAAGAGCAGCACAACAAGCCCGAGCUCAGGAUUCCCCGCAGACUCCAGGGAGACAGAAUGAAAUAGCACUUCAUCCCGGGAUCAUGGCGGCUCCGCUCGGGCGGGAGACUCUACCUGAGCGCUGGUCGUACGGCGUGUGCGAAGACGGCCGGGUGUUCUUCAUCAACGAUGAAAGUCGGAGCACUACGUGGCUGCACCCCCGCACCGGAGAGCCGGUCAACUCGGGCCACAUGAUUCGCUCAGAUCUGCCGAAGGGAUGGGAGGAAGGAUUUACGAACGAGGGCGCCAGCUACUUCAUCAACCACAACCAGAGGACGACGACUUUUAGACACCCUAUAACUGGACAGGUGUCCCCAGAAAACGCUGAAUUUCUGCUUCAGAAUCAGCCAAAUUGUCGCAUGUCCAGGCAAGUGUUAAAUCAGAGGCCUUCCAGCAUGGUGAGCGAGUCGUCCACAGCGGUGACUGCUUCCACGGUGGAUGCUACAUCAUCUUCCUCAAAGGUGUUGAAGCCAAGUGGCAAGGCACAUAGCUUUGGAAAACGAGACCAUGCUAUCAAGAGGAACCCAAAUAUACCUGUGAAUGUCAGAGGGUGGCUGUAUAAACAGGACAGCACGGGAAUGAGACUCUGGAAGAGGAAGUGGUUUGUCUUGGCGGAUUAUUGCCUCUUUUACUACAAAGACAGCAGAGAAGAGAACAUCCUGGGCAGCAUCCCGUUACCCAGUUAUGUCAUUUCUCCCGUUGAGCCCGACGACCACAUCAGCCGCAAGUACGCCUUCAAGGCCACUCACACUGGAAUGCGCUCCUACAUUUAUAAUAAGAAUUCAGUCAUUGGCUCCCAGGCAGAACAUUCUGGAAUGCGAACGUACUACUUCAGUGCCGACACGCAGGAAGACAUGAAUGGCUGGAUCCGCGCCAUGAAUCAAGCGGCUCUUAUGCAAAGCAACCCUCUGAAGAGAGAGCUGGAGAAAGAGGAGAGGCAAGCUGUUCCCCAAAGCAACCAUAUGAAUUCACACAAGAAGAGCGCAAGCAUGGAACGGACCCACAGAGACGGCAGGAAGAAUGAGCAGAUCAAGAAAGAGAGGCAGGAGGACGAGCGCUAUGUCUGCCGGAAGGACAUCCUGGAAAACAAGAGCAAAGUCAAGCCUUCUGUGGUCGCAGUUGAAGGCAACGGGCCGUUUGGCGACUCUUCUCAGGCACAUCCCCUUCAGCGAAAUGGACCCUCCUCAUCAGGACAACAAAACGGCAGCAGCGGGGGCAUCUACAAACGGGGUCUUGUGCCAAGAACGAAUGUGGAGAAACAGGUGCAGAGAAAAAGCAACCUGGUACAGGUGGAGCACUGGGUGAAGGUACAAAAAGGAGACAGUCGAAGUCACCAGCUGGAUUCUGAGCCCACGUUGUCCCGCAGAACUCCUCCAAACCUGACCCAGGCUCAUAUCGAGAGUUACCAGACCUUGCCAAAGAACGGGCGACAGCCAUCUGGCAGUCCUCCUCCUCAGCUCGUCACCCGUGAGCUGCCAAGUGACUACAAAUAUGCGCACGACCGGGUCAGCCACUUCCGGAUGUCCAACGAAGAGAGAAAGGCCCAUAAAGAAGGUACGGUGUGGCAGCUGUAUGAGUGGCAGCAGAGGCAGCAGUUCAAGCAUGGCAGCCCCACCGCCCCCUUGUACAUGACGGCUUCGGACUUUACUGAUACAAGUGGCCUGAAGGCCACCCUAGAGGUUCCACGGUCCUUUUCUGUGCCGCCCUCUCCGUCGGACAUUCCCCCACCUGGGCCGCCACACAAGGUGCUAUCACCGCGGAGACCUCACACGCCUGCGGAGAGGGUGACAGUCAAGCCCAGUGAUGAACGGCCGCUUGUGGAAAUCCCGUCUCCACGAAGACUACACCUUUCUCUUUCAAAGACGGCGCACAUUGACCGACGCUCCCUGCCACCCAUGGGCUACAUGACGCACACAGUGAGCGCCCCAAGUUUGCACGGAAAGACGCCGGAGGAGUUGACCUUACUUCUUAUUCAGUUAAGGAGGCAUCAGGCCAAGAUGGCCAGGGCGAGAAGUGACGCCCUUGCCCAUUUGCAGCUGCAUGAUGGACCCUCUCAAUCCACUGUCCAGGCAGACGACACUUACAUGCAGCUCAAGAAGGACCUGGAGUACCUCGACCUGAAGGUGUCAGGCCGCGACAACUUUAAAGAAAGAAGCAUGAAGCCGGUGAAGAUCGCCGAAAGUGAUGUGGACGUGAAGUUGAGCAGACUGUGUGAGCAAGAUAAAAUUUUACAAGAUCUGGAAGCCAAGAUGCGUAUGUUGAAGGAGGAUAAGGACAAGCUUGAGUCUGUUUUAGACGUUUCUCACCGUCAGAUGGAGCAGUACAAGGACCAGCCGGCUCAUACAGAAAAGAUUGCCUACCAGCAGCGGCUUCUGCAGGAGGACUUGGUCCAUAUCAGAGCAGAGAUCUCCCAGGUGUCAACGGAAAUGGAGAAUUCUUGGAAUGAAUAUGGCAAGCUGGAGAUGGACGUGAACCAGUUGAAAGCGGCUUUGCAAGAACACACGAGUAGGACGAAUCUCUCUCAGCAGGAAAAAAGCCACAUACAGAAAGAUCUGUGGCGGAUUGAAGAUGUGAUGGCAGGCCUUAGUUCCAGUAAAGCCAACUACAAGAUUACCAUUGACUCCUUUCAGAACCCAGAGAGAAAAAUUGUGCCUUCGAUUUCCUCUUCAUCAGUGCCUUCACUGUCGAUGUGUCCCUCGGAACGGGAGAGCAACGCCUUCACCCAGCCCAUCCCGCUGCCGAGCCUCGCACAGCCUUAUGCCUCUCCGCUGCAGACUCUCACAAUGCUUCAGUCUCAGCUUUAUGAAAACCCUGUGCCAAAGUUGGUAGAUGAUGAGGCUCCCCCCAGGCCUCCUCUGCCGCAGAUCUACAGCCCUGAUGACCAGCCCCCUGCUGUGCCCCCACUCCCUAAAGAAACCUCUGUUAACAGGCACAUGUCGGUGCGGGGCCUGAAGCGCCAGUCUGAUGAGAGGAAGAGAGACCGGGAGCUCGGGCAGCACGUCAAUGGGGACUUCAAGGUGGAGCUGAGGUCAUACAUGAGUGAACCUGAACUUCUCAACGUUGGAAGUGGGAUCAGCAGUCGUGUUUUAGGCCCUGCCAGCGGCUACCAGACUUUGCCUGUCAGAGGUUUGGCGGGCUCCACCUCGGCCCUUAACCAGUCGUCCAGUAUAUCUUCAUAUGUCACUCUCAGGAGAGGGCUUACUGCGGCAGAGUUGAAGGAAAGACCAAAGAGUGCCUUGGAGCGCCUGUACUCUGGAGAUCAUCAGAAGGGCCGGAUGAGCGCAGAAGAACAACUUGAGCGCAUGAAGAGACACCAGAAGGCGCUCGUCCGAGAGCGUAAAAGGACACUGAGCCAGGGGGAGCGGCAGGCCACCACGUCUCGCCUGACCUCACAGACGCCCAGACCCGUUUCUGCAGACAUGGCCUCAUGGAAACGAGAGCAGGAAUUUGAUUUACAGUUACUAGAGCGGGUGGUCCAGGGAGACGAGCAGAGCAAACAGCACAGGGACGAUGGGCUGCUGGCAGUUCACUUCCCACCCUCGAAGGAGGCCGACUUGGAACCUCAGGAAUACGACCUGGACAUCAGCAGAGAGCUGUCCAAACCCGAGAAGGUCCUUAUUCCCGAGCGCUACGUGGACUUGGAGCCAGAAGAGCCUUUGAGUCGGGAGGAGAGAGAGGAGCGCCGUCGCAAAGUGCAGCGAAUUAAAAGCAUUCUCGCCAAAUCGAGUGUGCAGAAUGUGCAGCCGGCGGCCCCCCUGGAUAAGCGGAUUUCGGUGGACCUGGACACGGCGCUGCAGGAGCAGGAGCGGAUCAUCACCAUGUCGUACGCUUUGGCCUCGGAGGCCUCGAUGAAGAGUAAGCAGGUGGCGGCCAAAGCAGUAAGUGAGCAGUGAGGUGCGGGUGACGCUCGCCUAUGGAAGACGCUGGCGUGGAGCCCCCCCAUGCAGCCCCCGUGGAGUGUGGACGGAAGGUGGCAGCUGCAGGCGCUACAAGAUGGCGUGUGUGACGUGUGUGUGUGUGUGUGGCGUGUUUGAUUUGAAGGGCUGAGCGAAGUGCAUGUCUGAAUCGGUGUGUGCAUUGAAUUGCAGACCCCCCCCUUUUAGGCCCACCUGUAUAGCGCUGUACAGAAACUCAAUGAGUUAUUUUUAUCUGAAGCUGCACUGCCAUUUCAAAUUUCUUUGUAGUUUGCCAAAUGGAUUUUAUUUUUGCUGAUAUUAACAAUGGGGGAGGGGAAAAAAAAAAACACACCUGAAUAUUAGGUGAGGAGAAUAUAAAAAAAAAAAAGAAAUACAAAUGGACUUUUACUUUAUGUAAAUAUUAAAAAUAUUAACGAGUGGCUUUA